CCUGCAGUUAUUCGCGUUCACUUUAUUUUUCUUUUUAAUGUAGACGAGCGUUAUUGUUUCCUGCGUGUCAAGUUGACCGGUGCACAUGUCGUUUUCAGUAUCGUAAAAAAAAAGAAGAAAAAAAAGUUUGCUAUCCCACCACUCCCAUAAUGCAAGCGAGUAGUUCGCUUGGAGGCUAGCUACCUUGGUUAUGAUAGCAGCAUCUUAGUCGCUUGAUCUUAUUGGACUAUUGCCUGUUUUGUUUCGGGGGAAACAUACCUUUAUCCGGUUGUCGUGUAUCGGUUUAACUAGUUUCAGGUACGUUAUAACAAUGUGUUGGUGUUUUAGGAGCUACGCGGCGCACGUUUAGCCCAUAUGUUAGCUCUCAUCCAAGAUCACCCCAGGUCGAGCAAGGAAGUGUUUUUCUAUGCUGCAUGGACCCUUUAAAUCAGCUAUUGAUUGUUGUUAAUGCUGCUUUAUCGUAAAGUUUGCACAGUUGGGUGCCACGGAAUUACGUCCCUGGAAAAAAUCCACUCGCGACGGCUUCAUUUCUUUAAUGCCGGAGCAGCUAAUGGCUGUGUGGGAAGCAGGAGGAGAAUGAGCCUUCAAUGGAGAGGAUGCCCCCAUCUUUCACCGGAGACUGUCCUGCCUAACGCGUCCAUCGUCGAGGAGAACCAGGUCCGUGUUUAUUGACUGCGCCUUCUGCCCCCAUGGCUGCCGUAAGCGGUGUCAGCAUGCUGUCCCAGCUCGGAGAGGCACCUAUGGGAGGACAGGGAGGACCGGCGGCGGCGGCGGCUUCGACCAACGCGUCCUCCAGCGAGACGCCGGGUACCGACAACCGGGGCUGUCCGAACGGCGCCUUUAUGGACUCUUUUGGGAUUUUCCUGCAAGGGCUCCUCGCCGUGAUGGCCUUCAGCACGCUGAUGUUAAAACGCUUCAGGGAGCCCAAACAUGAGAGGAGACCCUGGAGGAUCUGGUUCCUGGACACCUCGAAACAGGCAAUUGGGAUGUUGUUCAUCCACUUUGCUAACGUGUACUUAUCAGACCUCACAGGGGAGGAUCCUUGUUCACUAUACCUCAUUAACUUCUUGUUAGAUGCUUCUUUGGGCAUGUUGCUAAUCUAUGCAGGCGUUAGAGUCGUCAGCGCUAUCGUAGAGUGGAGGCAGUGGGACUCUCUGCGUUUUGGAGAAUACGGUGAGCCAAUACAGUGCACAGCGUGGUUGGGCCAGUGUAUCCUCUACAUCCUCAUCAUGGUGUUUGAGAAAGUCAUAAUCAUGUCGGUCCUCCUCAUCCCCCAGUGGAAGAAGCUGGCUCUCCUCAACCCCAUAGAGAAUCCUGAUCUGGAGCUGGCCAUCGUCAUGCUCAUCGUUCCAUUUUUCGUCAACGCCCUGAUGUUCUGGGUGGUAGAUAAUUUUCUAAUGAAGAAGCACAGGACAAAAGCAAAGCUAGAGGAGAGAGAAGAGGACUCGCGGGGGAACAGCAAGGUGCGCUACAGACGAGCCCUUUCCCAUGAUGACUCAGAGUCGGAGAUUCUGUUUUCAGCAGACGAUGAAAUGGAUGAAUCGGACGAAGACGACGUGCGUCGACUCACUGGUCUCAAGACGGUGAAGAAGAAAAAGCUGCGGAUGGGGAUCCCUCCAGGCGAGGUAAAAAAGAAGAAGCGUCCUCCGAUGAAGGCGGAGGACCUGAAAGGAGCUCGCAGUAAACUGGGACUGAAGGGCGAGGUCAAGAGUAAAACCUAUGAGGUCAUGGUGGAGUGUGAACGAAUGGGCAAAGUUGCUCCGUCUGUGUUCAGUGGCGUGAGGACGGGUACAGAGACGGCCUUCGACCAGCCUGCUGCCGCUAAGGCCCCGGGAGCCAGUGUGUUCAACAAGUAGACGCGCUGCAACUUAAACCUGAUUCCACCGAAAGAAACACACACUGACGUCCUUAUGUUUUACAGUCAGUAGCAUUACUGCGUCGCGUGGAUUGCAAAAGUGUGUGUGUUUUUACAUUUUUACACUAAUGGUUUGUGGAAUUAAAGACCGGGGAAUUGAAUGGAUUUGCGCUAGUUGCAUAUUUUGAUAUCACUGCUGUGUUUCCUAUGCUACAUGAUAUUUUUUACCCGCCGAUUUCUCUAAAUGUUGUCCCUUGUUGUGUUAAAAUGUUCUCGUAUUCCCCAGCCGCAAAGAGAGGCGGCCAUGAGGCGAGCGUUGCCGGAAAAACAUGCGAAUGGUAAUUUGGGAGAGGCAGACUCAUCAAAUAAACUUGGCAAUUUUAAACUGCACUAAUGGUCAAGUGCAAGCGCAGCACCUCAUAAAAAGGCCACAGUGUAUGUACUCAUGUAAACAAAUCUGGUGCAGAAUAUAACUAGGUACACUUAGAUAACCGUUAUACAAAUAAUAAAUCUCAGUAGCUGUUAGAUGCAGGGUGGUAGAGGAUCCUGCAUGGCAUCAGAUGUGUCCUGAAUACUGCUUUCUGCCCUCCACCCUCACGAAUGGACGUUUUCUAACUCUAACUUUUCGUAAUGAACAACAUACCAUGAUGCCGUAUAUGCCUGUCACAGCAGCAGCUUGCAGCGCAUCUCUUUCUAUACUCCUGUUCCUGUAAGUCUGCCUGUCCAUCCUGCCUGUGUCCUUUUAAAGAGCUGUACUCAGAGACUUUGUGCCUGUAUAAAUGUCAGAAUGAGAAUUUGAUAAACACCAUUCUGUUCAGUUCAAUAAAUGUUGUUUGUUCUCA